AUGAAGCCCGAGACAAGAUGGAGGAGAAUGUGUUGGAUUGUCCCAGUGAUAGCGUCUGUUCUUAUAUUCCUGGCACUGCUGAUGGUCUUACUAUUUAACACCAAGGAUCACACACCUUCCACAAAGAAGACGUUCAUUUGUGAUGUUAAGAACAGGGACGCUAUAACUUUUCAGAGUAGUAUUGUGAUAACGUGUAGCCUUAACACUAUCUUUAUCAAUCAGACUUUACAUAUACGUUUCGUAAUGAUAGACUCUUUAGCGGAACCGGAAACAGAAAUAUUCAAACUAUCUGAUAACUGCACACUUAGCAGCAGAUUAUGGAAUAUUUUAUUUAGUGCACGUGGAAACAAGGUGACCUUGACCAGAAAUGCGGUCACGUGUGCAGGAGCCGGAAAGUACCAGGCGGACAUCAAUAUCGGUGUCGAGAGAGACAGAAUCGAUGUUGACAUCAAAGAUACUCUAACUGAAACCUCCAUUUUGCUGUCCCGUGAUUUGGAAGAUUUUGGCGGGAAUCUGUCGUAUGGAGUGACAUGCUCUCUACGUUCCGGUUGUUAUCCGGCCCUCGUCACUCUUUUGGGUAGUCAAGGCAACACAGUGAUACCCGUUCAUGACGUAAAUCUCACGUGCAUAUCACUGUACAGUGGUGAAGAAGGCUGGUCUACGGAAUGUUACGGUGUUGUCAUGGAGUCGACCUUGAGGUCAAUGUCCGGUCUGAUGUGCCGGCCAUAUCCAUCUAUCUCAUCGGACGGGCCUUCUGUACCUACGAAAAGUCUGUUUCUGUCAGAACCUCCACCUGAGUGUAAGAGCUCGGCGACUGGGAGGAUGUUUCCCGAUUCCUGGAGCUGUGGGGUUUACCAUUUGUGUGCCACGGAGUCCGUGCUGAUGACGCAGCCAUGCAACAAAGACAAAUACUUUGAUUUACAGACGUGUACCUGUCGGAACACUGAUCAAGUCUCCGAGUGUGAUCAAUACGGAAAAAGGGUCUAUCAAACAGGAGUUUCGUCAUGCAUUCCGAACAAGUGA